UCUGAUAUUGUAGCUUGCCGCCAUGGUAGCAAAAGUGGAAUUGUUGAUGCAUUUGAAAGUCAUCAAGGUCCAGUCACUGCUAUUAGUACUCACAAAAGCAGAGGUCCUACCGAAUUUCCUGAUCUUUUCCUGACUUCUUCCUUUGACUGGACUGUUAAAUUGUGGAGUUUAAGGGAAAGUCAACCAUUAUACUCAUUUGAGCAUAACUCAGAUUAUGUAUUUGAUGUCAGUUGGUCUCCUGUGAAUCCAGCUUUAUUUGCCUGUGUUGAUGGGCUAGGAAAUCUUGAUUUAUGGAACUUAAAUUGUGACUCUGAGCUUCCUACUGUUGGCAUUCAAAUUGAUGGAAGCCCUGCUCUAAAUCGAGUAUCCUGGACACAUUCAGGGCAUCAUGUUGCUGUUGGUGACUCUAUGGGAAAAAUUUGGCUGUAUGAUGUAGGAGAGCAAUUAGCCAAUCCAAAGGCCGAUGAAUGGACUCGUUUUGGAGAGACACUGGAGGAAUUUGCAAGUAAUCAGACAUACUUGAAUGGGGAUGUAACACCUCCACAACCCAUGCAAUCUCUUUCCCCUUAUUUAGGUACUUCUCCAGUGCGUUAAAUAUUGCUGUCUGUGAUACUUAAAACUGAAAUGCUUGUGCUUCCAUCUGGAAUUGCAUUUAUUAAAUUUUGUGAUAAUUUUUAUCAAUAUGCAGUGAGAGGUCACUGGGUCUGAAACUUAGAUGUAGAUAGAAUAUUGCUCGUUUGAUAUAGAGAUCAUUAAUAAAAUUUUUAUUAGUUUGGAUAUGCUUUUGUAAAGAAAAGAAAAUUUUCUGUUUUCUAUGUAUUCCUUCUACAAUUAUAUUACUAUAUUUUAUUGGCAGCUGUUUGGUAAAGAUAUAAAAUUUUUAAAGUAUAUAUGUUGACCGUUUACAAAUGGCAGUUUGUGAUAUCCUGGAUAUAAUCAAAGUGUUAUUGUUUCCCUUUUUGUAUUAUAUACAAUAAUUUUGUAAAAAGUUUUUUUUUAAAUAAGAUUUUUUUUUCUCACUUCAUUUGUUGAUAUUCUAAAACUUUGAAUUUAUACAGUAAUUUAUGCUUUUAUCUGUAAGAAUUGUAUUUAACAGUGUAUGUAUGCAAUCAAAUGUUAAUAAUUUAUUGUUGAGACAUAUAUAGAAAUAAUUUGAAAUUUAUUUAAAUUUUUUAAGCCUGAGAGUAUUUUUCUUUCUUUUAUUAUAAAGAAAUAUUUUCGUUUCUUAUUAGAAAUGUUUCUGUUUAUUUUCAAAUGAAUUAAUUAGCACAGAAAAAACUUCAGAAAAUGACACUUUCUUUACCUAUUAAUAGAUAGUGAAUGCUUUAUGCUCUGAAUUUCUUCAUUAUCAGUUAUAAGGGAAGAUAUUUGAAAUAAUGUUUAUUUUAAAUUUUAAUAAAUGAUAAUAAAUUUCCCCCUUCUUUGCAAUUAACAGAAAAUAUUUUUCAUCUUUAUUUACCAUUACAUUCUUACGUUGCAAUUUAUUCUUCAUAUUUGUAUCACAUAUAUUGUUUUUAUAAAGCAGAUUAGUAAGUAACUAAUUUUUUCUUAAUAUUCUGAAGUUUUAUUAGUAGAAGUAGUGCAUUUUUUUAAAAUAUGUCUGUGACUUUAAAAGAAUACUCAGAUGCAAAUGGAUUAUAAAAACAAUAAAAAAAAAGUAAAUUCUUGUUUGUUUAAUUUAAAAAAUAUUUUGUUCAAAUAUGGGAAACUGUAUUGUCAGUCAUUUAAAAAUAUGAUUGACGAUUGCAAAUCUGUCUGAACAAAACUAUUUUAAGUGCUUAGUUUAUGAAUAUAUCUGGUUCUGAUGAAAGUUUUCCACCAAAAAACGUUCUUGAUAAAGUUAAAAAAUAAAUAAAUAAAUAAAUAAACAUGAAAGCAGUAUCUUUAGUACGGAUAGUAAUCCCCACCCAAAUCUAUGAUUUUUCUGCUAACGUUUUGGUAGUUUUUCAAAGCCUUCAGCCCAAAAACUUGGUGGCCAUAAGUCAAAAAACAGAAUAAUGUUCUUUUGGGCAUCUUGUGCAGAAUGGAAGAUAGCACCAGCAAGAUAUAGCUGCAGGAGUUAGAAAAGGUAAAAGUCUGAAGGAACGAUGUCAAGGCUAUAUGGUGGGUGUGGCAAAACAUCUUAUUUGAGUCUGUACAGAGUCCAGCCGGUGAAUGCAGACACAUGUGCUCUUGCAUUAUCUUGAUGGACCUUUUUGCACUGGAACUCAGCUGUACGUUGUUCCUUAAUAGUUUUAUACCUUAAUAUGUGUUGCAUACUGUAGUUCAGUUUUUUUUUAAUUCUACAUGUAAUAAACAUCAUUUUUGUAA